CCCUGUGCCCACUCUCUUAACACCAUCAAAAGCCAUGGGGCAGGCUAGGGUUCACCUCCUAGCCUCCCUAGUGGCAUUCUACCUCAUCGUCCUAGCCAUCACUCAGGUCACGGCCAACCUUCUUGAUGAUUUCAACAACUUGUGGGGCAACACCAAGGUUGUCUACGACAGCACCGGCCAACAGACCAUCGCGAUGACUCUCGACCGCAGUACAACCUCUGGGUUCAGCUCGAAAUCAACGUAUCUCUUCGGGAGGAUUGACAUGGACAUCAAGCUCGUCCCCGGGAACUCAGCCGGCACAGUGACCACAUUUUAUAUGGUAACAGAGGGGCCGUGGCAAUACCACGAUGAGAUCGACCUCGAAUUUUUGGGGAACAGCAGCGGCAAUCCCUACACCCUACACACCAACAUGUUUGCCAGAGGGAAAGGCGCCAGAGAGAAGCGGUACAAUCUUUGGUUUGAUCCCACCCAGGACUUCCACACCUACACUAUCAUUUGGAACCAACAAUUCAUCCGAAUCCUUAUCGAUGACAAGCUGAUCCGGCAGAUCAAGAACCAGUUGGUGUAUGGUGUGCCCUACCCAAGCUAUCAACCAAUGAGGGUGUUCAGCAGCAUCUGGAAUGCUGAUGACUGGGCGACACAGGGUGGGCGGGUCAAGACCGAUUGGUCACAAGCGCCAUUCACAGCAUACUUCCGGAACUUCAAGGCCACCAGCUGCUCGCCAAGCCAGAGCAAGAUCUGUGGCCAGAGCUCACUUACUGGCGGUGGUUUGUUCAACCAGGAUCUGGACGAGACACGCAAACAGCAACUGAAGGACGUGGAUGCCAACUACAAGGUCUAUGAUUACUGCACUGACUCAACAAGGUUCCAAAAUGGGGCCCCCAAGGAGUGUGGGUUACAGUAACUAGCCGAUACAAAGGGUAGGAGUGUAUUGGAUAAUUUUUGGUCCAUUCUUUUGGAAUAGUGCAAUAGUGUAUCAUUAGAAAAUAAAAUCUUUUUUUUCCUACAAGAAGCAGCAGGAGAGCCUUAUUGGAUAACUUUUUGUCCAUUCUUUUGGAACAGUGCAGUAGUGUAUCAUUAUAAAACAAAAUGUUUUUUUUCUACAA